AUAUACGAUCAUUUUAGUUUCUUGAAAAUUAGAAAAGACUCCAAAAUUAGGAAAACGAUCUUUGAAAAAGGGUUAUAUGAAAAAAAGGCGGCGUCUUGAUAACAUUCGUAUUCCCAAAUUUAAUGGUUGAACAUAAAUUAUGCCUUCAAUUGCAUGGAGCGAGAUGCGAAAAGGGCCACUUGUAAAAGAACAUUUUUUUAUUCCAAAAGUUUCAUUUUUCCAUUGCCAUUCUCACAUUCUGCAAUACUGAGGAAGAAAGAGGUAUGCUGUUGAAAUCCAAUUCUCCCCUUUUUUCCAUUGUUAGCUUUGCCUCAAAUUGGUUAUUUGGGUUUUAUUUAUUUUCCUGAUAGAGGCAAAAAUUAGCAGUCUUGAUUGCCACGUGUAGGCCUGUCCCUCCCUGAGCUCGUGUGUCUAUUACAAGUACACCUAUUUUCUUGGUUUCCGGUAGCACAGACACCUGGUUUCUGUUUGUUUCCCAUUUUUUUCUCAUUGUUCAUCUCUUCUGUUUUGACAAAAACAAGGAGGCCUGCUGCUCAAGAUUCGUGUAGGUUUUGACAUUUCUGGGGGAGGGGGUAUGUGUAGUUAUGAGAGGGAAGGAGGAGAAAAAGGGGGGCCCUUUUGCUUGUGUGUUGAUUAAUUGAAGGGAAUUUAAUAUUUUUAUUCGGAGGUGCUUUUUUUCUUGGUUGGGGUGUUGGAAAUGACCGAUAAUGAUAGGGAAGAAGAAGGGUGUCUGUUUGAGAUAGCACUGGUGGUUCCCAAAUGGGGUGAGAACAGAGGGGAUGAGAGAGAGGGAGCUCAUUGCGUUGAUAUUCUUGUGGAUGAGCUCAAGCAAAGAGGGUUCAUCGUUGAAAGAGAUGUUGGCCUUCAAAAUGAAUUCAUCAAGUUAGCAGCAUCGGAUGAUAUCAUUGGAAGGGCUGCAGCUGCGUUGCAGUUCAGAAAGCCAACUUGUAUAGGGAUGGAUCUUCCAUUUGAAUGGGAGGAGGCAGCAGCUUUCAUUAAGCUACCAGAUGGCUCCUUGUUCAGUUGGUGUGAACGAUUCCAUUGCUACAAUCACAUAAUAUAUGGGAUUGUGAACACCAGAGAGUCGGCUGUAGUGCUGAAAUCUGACUUUAAAGAGGAACACUGGAAACCGGGUGAAUCUCUAGUCCGGAAAUUAGAGGCAAUGGGCAUCGUCGAAGAAGUAUUUCCAUUGCAUGAUGAAAAAAAACGGAAGCAACUUCUAAGAAGCUGGGCGAUGAACUGGUCAGACGUCACGCAACAGCCAAUUGAUGAUAUAUGUGCAUAUUACGGGAUGAAGAUCGCCACCUAUUUUACGUUCCUUGGAAUGUAUACAAGGUGGUUACUUUUUCCGGCAUCGUUGGGCCUUGCUGUGCAGUUGUUUGAUUUCGGAUCGUUGCAAUUUGCUGUUCUUCCGUUUUUCUUCAUGUCGCUGAUAUCAUGGGUUGUCCUGUUUUUCCAAUUCUGGAAACGCAAGAACGCAGCCGUUUCAGCUAGAUCUAUGAAAACUGAGCCAAGCUUGUCUCGGUUUCCCUCGGAACACAUGAGGAAACGAAACGCAGACAGAAUAAAAGAGAAGGCGAAUUUCCAGAGGGAUGAGUGGUUUAGUUGGCUGCUAAGAGUAAGGAACGACGCCUUCAUUAUACUGAGCAUCAUAUGUCUCCAGCUACCGUUCGAGUUAACUUAUGCUCAUCUCUACGAGGUUCUUGGAGCAGAUGCUCUAAAGUUUGGUUUAACAGCAGUUUACCUCUUCGUGAUCCAGUACUUCACAAGAAUGGGUGGCAAGAUCGCCGUGAAACUUAUUAAAUACGAAAAAUUUGACACUCCAGAGAACAAAACAAACAGCUUAGUAUACAAGGUAUUUGGCCUCUAUUUCAUGCAAUCAUAUAUUGGAGUAUUUUAUCAUGCUCUACUGCAUCGUAAUAUAACAACUCUCCGGCAAGUUCUAAUCCAACGUCUGGUUAUGUACGAGGUGAUUGAGAAUCUACUGGAAAAUUCUAUUCCGUAUUUGUCGUACAGUUUCAGGAAAUAUACAGCUGUCAGGAAUAAGGUAAAGCGAGACAAAGGGUCGUCAACCGGCAAGUCACGCACUUUUACUCGGGUCGAGAAGGAAUAUCUUAAACCUGCUUAUAACGCAAGUAUAGGCCAGGAAAUCGAAGAUGGACUUUUUGACGAUUUUCUCGAGUUGGUGCUGCAGUUCGGAAUGAUCAUGAUGUUUGCUUGUGCAUUUCCUCUCGCAUUCGCCUUUGCAGCAAUGAAUAACAUCACAGAAAUUAGAGCAGAUGCUCUGAAGUUGCUUGCAAUGAUGAGACGGCCCAUACCUCGCGCUGAAGAAACGCUUGGGGCGUGGUUGAAUAUUUUUCAGUUUCUGAUAGUGAUGUCGAUCUGCACUAAUAGCGCGCUUCUAGUGUGCAUGUACGACCGCGAAGGGAACUGGAAAUUAUCACCCGGGCUUGCUGCAAUCCUAGUCAUGGAACACGCUCUCUUGUUUAUCAAAUUUGGAUUUUCAUGCAUUGUCCCAGAAGAGCCCGCGUGGGUGAAAGCCGCUCGGAUGAAAAAUGCCAGUCAAGCGGAACAGGUGUGUACUAGACAACUCUUGAAAAACCUUUCCGGAGACGAGAAAUGGUUCGAGGAAGUAAGGUCUCAGGAAUCCAAAAAGGAUGCCUAGGAAGGAAGAAACAAACGCCAGAACCGGAGCCGGUUCUGAGACCUCUUCGUUGAAACGAUCCAGCUCUUACCUAUCCGAUGAUCUGCCCGGAAAAGGUAAGAGUGCCCGGUGCCACGGAACGGACUGUUUUGUAGUAUAGCUUAUGUUAAUUAGAGGGGUAAAUUAAUGCUCUUGAUAGGUGAAGAAUAUAGUGCAAGGUGUGAAGAAAGAAAUCAAAUAACAUGUUGAUUGUUAUUUUAGAAUUUUGUAUGCAACUAGAUGUGUUAUGUACCAAAGAUAGUGAAUCUGUCUAUGUUGUUUGCCUAUGAUUUGAAAUGUUUGUAUAAAUAUGUACAUAUAUACUUUUUGAAGAAAAUACCUUAGUUCUUGUAA